CAUCAUAUAACGUAUAAUAUCGUUGCUGGCUUCAUCUAGCUUUUCUCGCCGUAGAGCUAGUUGACAACGACUAUCUUGGGUAGCCUACUAGUAAGCUUGAGUUUGUUAUGUGCAUGCAACUAAGGAUAUAUCUGCAUAAGUUAUUAUAGUUAUUGCGCGUAGCUAUUAAGAAAUGUGUCCCCAGCUUGGCUUGAGUGGCGCAAUUGCAUCGUCAGCAAUCGUUGGCCACGCCUCAAAUGGUAUUUCCAGCCGUCGUGGGAAAUUUCCGUGCGCUCAAGGUCGCGCAUUAAGGUCUCGAGUAGUAACGUUUGCUGCACCAAAAGGCGUGCUAUGCGACUUGGAUGGAGUUAUCUACGCGAGCGGAACAUCAGUGGCAAUUCCCGGCGCAGCGGACACGGUUCGGUACUUCCGUGAGCGCCUCGCAGUGCCCUGGCUCUUUGUCACUAACACCUCAACCAAGUCACGAGAAGGUCUUGCUGCCCGCCUGCGCGACAUGGGGGUUCCCUGCCGCGCAGAGGACAUCGUCAGCCCCGCCAAGCUGGCCGCUGACUGGCUCCGAGCGCAUAAAGCAGAGCCCGCAGCGCUGUUUGUGGGUCCCGACCUGGCGCCCGAGUUCGAGGGCAUCCAGCAGCUGCCGCCUGACGCCCAAUCGGGGGCAGCAGCGGUGGUGAUUGGGGACAUGGGGCUCGAUUGGAACUACGCCUCCCUCAACCGGGCUUUCAGGCUAGUAAUGGACGGCGAGCUGCGCUGCGAGGAGGCGGAGGCGCAGCGCUGCGGCAAGUGCGCCUCAGCAGCAACUGCCACUGCCGCCGCUUCAGUAGCUAGCACCGCCUCUGCCUCUGCAUCCAGCACUACUGCUGUGGGCGCCACUGCUACAGCUACUGCUGGUGCUGCUGCGGGGAGCUCCUCCCUGCCCCCAGCAGUCCGCAGGGGCAGGGGCCGGAGGGGCGCGUCAGCUCCGCCGCUCACCCUCAUCUCGCUGGGCAAGGGAAGGUACUACAAGGACACGGACGGCUACAGUAUCGACGUUGGGCCCUUCACGGCGGCACUCGAGUAUGCCACUGAUCAGAAGGCGCUUGUGCUGGGUAAGCCCGACCCGCUCAUCUUCAAGCUCUCCGCGCACAGCCUGGGACUGCAGCCGGAGGAGGUUGUGAUGAUCGGGGACGACGUGCGCGGGGAUGUGGGCGGCGCGCAGGCGGCGGGGCUGCGGGGGCUGCUGGUGCGGACGGGCAAGUUCCGCGAGCACGACCUGCAUGUGGGGGUCACACCGCAUGCCGUACUGCCCUCCAUUGCGGAACUGCCCGAGUGGUGGCACCAGCAGCAGCGGGAACAGGAACAGGGGCAGCAAGGGCAGCAGGUGUUGGUAGAUUCCAUGAUGCCGAUGACGUUGCUGCCGCCAGCUGCCGCGGUUGGGGUGGGGGUGGGGGUGGUGCUGCCGGCGGGUAGGGGCAGGCAGCAAGGUAAGGGCAACGCGGCUGCUCUGACGACCGCGGGAGCGUGAGAUGACGCGGGGUAUGCUGUAGUCGACACAAACGCGUGCAGAGAGGGCUUAUGACUGCUCCGUGACACGAUUUACGGUUGGGAAGAAAGGGAGGCUUCUAGGGAAGUGGACUAUAUGCAGGCGGCGGCGGCGGCACACACCCGUCGCUGGGUUUUAGCGUGGGUACUGACUACGAUAGUUAAGUGCCACUCGACGCGCCAGAUGCCGAUUUGUUUGUUGAACUCGGUUGUUCAUGUUGCCCAUUGCCCAUUCGAACGGAUCCGCAUUUCAGUAAGGAAUAGGAUAGCCGGAAUGUGGUAUAUGUGUCUUUGCCGCCUCGAUCGUUGACAAUGCAGAUCUGAUGUUGUCCCUGUUCCCAUCAGUCCGGACCUCGCACGAUUCUGGUUGUAGGGGUAGGCCUAGGCUCCUACGGUAGCCCUCUUUAGACUAUAGUGCUUAGCAUGGGUACGCCGCAUGCCGGAAUAGGCCAUUGGGAGGGAGCCAUAAUGACGAAGAUAAAUGAAUGGAUUUCAUGUGCAAAUGCUCGGGCGUUGGUCCCAUGAAGAUGGUUUGAAUCAAGCUAUAUAUGGGCGCAGACACAACACCUGUCGUACUGCAAUCGGUUAAUCUGUUGCGCCGUACUGGCGAGUUGCGUUCAGGGCUGUGUCGACCAGGAGUUGCCCAUUGUAGUGCAGUGUGCGUGUGUUGUGAGGGUCCGUGAGUAACAUGUUGUCCAUCGCACUAGUAAUAAUAAAGGCCUUGAGCAACCCUACCUAGAGCAUGGCAUCGUAUGAUGCCGUACCGUAUAUGGGUGUAUGGAUAUACACUGAUUGCAUUUCGCGCGUUGCGCGAAAGUGCCUGCUGUGCUGUUGUUGUCUAUUCGUUUAGCACAUGGGGGCGGUGGCGUGCCGGGGCUUCUCACUCGCGUCAUGUGAGGGACAUGUGGUUGUUGUCAGGCAAUGAGGGCGCCCUUCCCUGGUUACCAGCUGCGGCCUGAGCGGCACGGCCUCCUUGCAUCGGUUGUAUCGCAUGGGCUAGGUGCACAUGAUGUUGAGUGUACCGGUUGGCGCCGCGUUGGGUGGGUCACGGAGCGGUUGGGUGAGUUGCGGAGCGGCGUUUACCGUGCUGCUGGCGCUCGAAUUGCUAACCUCAGAUGAGCCAUGAAGGGCUGUGAAGGGUGUACGUUUUCACAAACAAACAAUGUGCCGUUUUGGGUGGUCCACUUGGUUUUGCCUGCUGUGGCCUUUAUAGCACGUGCCUUUGCCGCAUGUCAGACCUUAACCGAGGGUUACUGAUACUAUACCCUUUGCAUGCGAAGGGAGGCAAAGGCACCGCAGGCCGUGGGCUGGUAAGGUGGAAGCCCCACGCAACGUUACCCGGCCGUAUUAUAACUGUUCAAGAAACUGAAUGGACGAGUGUACGUGUGCGUUUGGGAUGCGUGAGGUAGUUACCUUGUCGUCUGAAGCCGCGAACAGUGUCGUUAUUGACUUUCGCGUAAGCAACUCCUUUCCUUGUUGUAAGGGAUGCUGUUCAGGUCUAUCCCACGGGUAUUACAGAGUUGUUUAACACGCAGCAUGCCGA